AUGGCUUAUAAGAGAUUACCUUGUUUUUAUAUUUCUCAUGGAGGUCCAAAUUUAGUGUUCGAUACUAAAAGUAAAUCCUAUAAAUUCUUUCAAAAAUGGGGCAAUCAAAUUUUACAUGAAAUUAAACCAAAAGCUAUCGUUGUAUUUUCUGCUCAUUGGGAGACAUCUGGGGGUAUAAAUGUGGGAAGUUUUCCAGGAGAAACACCAUUAAUUUAUGAUUUCUAUGGAUUUGAAGACAAAUAUUAUAAAUUAACUUAUCACGGUAAAGGUUCUCCUGAAUUGGCUAAUAGAGUUGUAAACUUAUUAGUUCAGUCUAAAUUUCAAGCUAACAUUGAUACUAAACGUGGAUAUGAUCACGGUUUAUGGAUUCCUCUGAAAAUUGCAAUUCCUGAACCAGAAAUACCUAUUAUACAAGUAUCUCUCGCUCAUAAUGUUUCUUACGAAUAUCAUAUAAAAAUUGGUCAAGCUUUAGCUCCUUUAAGAGAUGAAGGUGUUCUAUUAGUAUGUUCAGGUACAAUGGUUCAUAACUUACGUGAACUUUUUAGUUCCAGUAGGAUGGGUUCUUAUGUGAAAUCUUUUGAUAAAGAUGUAGAAGAAUAUGUCAUUAAAUCUCGCGCUCAUCCUACAGAUGAUCAUUUAGUACCAUUACAUAUAGCCGCGGGAGCAAGUGAAAAUGAUCAAGGAAAAAAGAUUUAUGAAGAAUAUGUGCCGGGAAUGUGUAUGACAGCAUUUGAAUUUUGUGGGGAGAAAGAAGAAUAA